GGGGGAAAAUUCGUAGGCAAAGUUAGGGGCCCCGGGGAAAUGGGAAAUAAGCCGCGCCGCCAGCCUCAAAGAGUUCAAGUCGACGAGGAGGAGGCGAGGUCUGAGCGUCCCCAGCAAAAGACACCUUCGUCAUGGCCCUUCUGGCGAGUGGUCUACUGGCUGGGAGUCUUCGUCCUGGUGGCCGGCGUCUGUGUGGGCAUGUACUACACCCUCAAGUCGGACUUCGGCGAGUGCUCCUCCUACGACGUGCGUUGCGACUGAGCCCCCAGGCGAUAUAGGAACUUUCACACGGAGAGCCGAGCUCCAUACCC